GCCGCAGUCAGCAUGGCUCGCUUUCUGUCGCUUUAUAUUUUCGCGUUAUUCAGCAUAGGUGUACUAGGAAAACAUGUGCAGAAGAGAAGUGUUUAUGAUGUUAAGUGCCAUGAGAGUGGAAGGUUUUAUCGCAACCCUGACCGCAGCGAAGACGUGAUGUGGACGUCGGACGAGUGUUCACGAUAUUACCUGUGCGUGGACAACGAUGUGUUCGAGUUCCAGUGCACCAAGGGGCUGCUGUUCGACGUGAACCGACAGCUGUGCGACAAGCUGCAGAAUGUGCAUAACUGCGAUCUCACUACAGAAACCCUAAUACCAAAGCCGCUACUGAAUCAAGCACCCUGCGCUAAUGGCACCCACCUCGGCUGCGCGGACGAAACUUGUCUGCCUGCUGAAUACUUCUGCGACGGAGCUAAUGACUGCGAGGAUUCCUCUGACGAAGGUUGGUGCGACGUGACCUACGAUCCGAACUCUGCCGCACCAUGUGACCCGGGUCUGUGCCUGCUGCCCGAGUGCUUCUGCUCCCAAAAGGGUGACCAAAUACCCGGCAACCUGGUUCCCAGUCAGACCCCUCAAAUGAUAACCCUUACAUUUGACGGCGCCGUGAACCACGAGAACUGGGAUGUGCUGACUCGCCACCUGCUGACGUCCAGCCGUAUAAACCCGCAGGGCUGUCCGAUCAAGGCCACCUUCUUCGUGUCACAUCCCUACACCAACUACAGACACGUCCAGAAGCUGUGGAACGAUGGACACGAGAUCGCUGUUAAUUCUAUCACUCGUCGGGGUCCAGAAGAAUGGUGGUCGAAGAACGCGACGGUAGAAGACUGGUUCGACGAAAUGGUCGGACAAGCCAACAUCAUCAACCGAUUCGGUAGAGUUUGGAUGGAAGAUUUCAGAGGCCUGCGCGUCCCGUUCCUCUCUGUGGGUUGGAAUAGGCAGUUCCUGAUGAUGCAGGAGUUUGGCUUCGUGUACGAUGCUACUGUCGUCGCGCCGCUGCGGGACCCACCCCUUUGGCCCUACACCCUGGACUACAAGAUACCACAUCCGUGCACGGGUAACAACCAGUACUGCCCAACCAGAAGCUACGCCGGCCUCUGGGAGAUGGUGAUCAACCCGCUGUUCAACAGCAACCGAACCUGCGCGACCCUGGACUACUGUCCCACUGAGCUCAGCGGCAACGACAUCUACAAUAUCCUCAUGGAGAACUUCAAGCGACACUACCUGACUAACAGAGCGCCGUUUGGAAUCCACUUGAGUUCCACGUGGCUGAAGAAUAAUGAUUAUUUGAACGCGCUAAUGAAAUUCACUGAUGAGUUACUCAAGCUACCCGAUGUGUAUUUUGUAACAUAUCGUGAAGUAAUUGAUUGGAUGAAGAGACCAACCCCAGUGCUGCAGCUCAAGAAAUUCCAGCCCUGGCUUUGCAAGGACCGACAGUUUUCCGAAAGUGAAAUCGCAUGCGCUAAACCAAAUACUUGCAAACUACCCUCAAGAGUUCUAGAACACGAUAAAUACAUGAUAACAUGCAUGGACUGUCCCCGAACAUACCCAUGGAUACGAAAUGAAUUUGGCUACGAAUGAUAUCAGUAUUAAUAGGUGAUUAAUGUAGGUUAAUUUGAACAGACAUAUCAGAAAAGCUCAAUUUUAUGGCUGUACAAUGAAGCACUUUGACAUGCCUACAAUCCACAAUGAUUUAAGAUAGAAAUAUGAAAGU